UCAACCAUAACUCCUAUUUGCCAGACUCUAACCUUAACCCAAACCUUAAACCGAGUCUUUUUCACACCAGCAUGUAUUGAUGUAAUUUAUAGCAGCUUGUUUUUUGUGCCAAAAUGGAAAUCGACUCCCCACAGCGACAAUGUCAACAGAUUUGUGUCUCCACAAUAUGUGCACUACAACACACGCAGACAGCAGCAUUUAAAGACACAUUUGUCUGUAUGAAAUGAUAAAAUUAGUUGCAGCUUAGGGACUUACAUACAAAUGCAGCUGUGAAUGGCAUAAACAGCCUUCAGGUGGAAUAACAUAGAGGUUCAACUAUGAAUGGUACAGCAAAGCGUAGGACUGUAGCUGCACAGUAUAUCCAAAAUCUGUGGUCUCCUGGAGUUAACCCAGCCACUAGGCUAAGUUUUAAAACACUAUUUUUGUACUGAAGCAAUAUAUUCCCAGACCAGGUUUAGAUACCCCUUCAUCUACUGGAUGUGGAUGGAAGAAACAGGAGCAAAGCAAUCUCAGAAAACCACUGAUCUGUUACAGAAUGUGUUGUCUACCACCUAACUAUACUGUAGUAAAGUACCAACCCUAAACAACCAAGCAAAAGAAACUAUGUCUCUAGAUCAAAAACGGACACAUCCUAUGACACCAAGCAGUAGGCUCCUGAUUCUCAGAAGUCUAAUGAUCUAAAAUGUAAUGUAUUGCAAGAAAAGUUGUCUUGAUUUGAUCUGGACCAAAGGCAAUGAAACAUUAAAUGAGCACUUUUUAAAAUUAGACACUUGUACUUGAACAUCACUCUGACAAUGAAAUUAUUAUGUGAAGCAAAAGUUAAAGAACAUUUGAAAGAAUAAUGAAAACUUUCUUUGUCCUCUAUGAUUAUAUGGCUAGAUUAUGCAAGUUUCUCAGACAUAGCAUCCAUUGAAAUGCAAAUCAAUAUUUUGACUAAGGCAGAGCAGAACAUUGCCUGCAGAACUAAACCCCAAGUUUGAAUUUUCAUAGCAAAAAAGUUAAUUUGGUAUUCAAAACAUAGCAUUAGCAACGUGCUUCAGUAAAGCCAGAGGAGUAAUAGCGAUUCCUGAGUUGCAUGUACAGCCCAGUGAGAAGACACGCUCCUUUAAACACACUAUUUUAAAUAUUUAUCAAGCUCAAUAACAUUUAACAUUAUUUUUAAGCUUGUGCAAAUUUCGAUUAUACUCUCUGAACAGUUUAUGGAAAAUGGAUACAAUUUUGGAUUCUUAGUGACAAUAAAAAUGUACACACAUUUCCAGUUGAGACCAGAACCCUUUAAUGAGAAGAGUUUCAACUCAGUACUGCGCAUCAUAUAGAGUAUAUUCAGAUGAAUCAAAUAGAAAUUCCUGAGCUGGUAAAUAAUACCAGAAUUUCAGAAAAAUCCAGAAAAAUGCCCCCAUUUUAGUGUUAAAGCCAAAUGUCUUUAGCAUUAUUUGGUCUAAAUGGGAAAGACAGAUGAUUAGAAAUAUUUGGAAGAAAAAAAAAUCAAGAUAGUCUGCAGUCAGUACUUUGCAUUGGCCUUACUUGUGAACAUGUGAAUGCUCUCAAUUACAAACAGCACACCUGCACAUGCCCUUCUGUGUAUUUUCAUAACAGCACAUGAUGCGCUGUGAUUGGGUGCUUGCUGCUCCUUCAUGUCUACAAAAGACACUUGACAAGGUGAGGAAACUCCACUAAAGGGAACCUUGACAUCAGCUCAAUAUGGAGAAAACUGCUCUCAGAUUUCUUAUUCUCACAGUUCUCUUCCAGGUGGCCCUCUGUGCUUUCAUUGGGCUCAAUGUUUAUGUCGACCAAAAAAGGACUUGGUCAGAGGCUAGACAACACUGCAGAGAGCAUUACACUGACCUGGCUUCAUUCAACACCCAGGAGGAAGUCACAGCACUUCUUGCACUAGCAGAAAAAGGGGUAGUAGAUCAAGAUGAAGAUGAAGACAAUGAUGAAGAUGAAGACAGCGAUGAAGACAAUGACGAAGACAAAGGCAAAGAAAAGGACAAUGACAAAGCACAGCAGGAGGAUAAGGGGCUGUUUGAUACGUGGGUCGGUCUCUACAAGAAUACUGAUGACACUUGGAAGUGGUCAGGAGGGAAAAAUGUAUCGCUCUACUACUGGCCAAAAUUGCCACACAAAAAAAAAACAUGUUUGGCAAUAAACGCUACACACUUGAAGGCAAAGAAAUGUGAGACAACCAAAUUCCCCUUCUGGUGCUUUCAGAGCCACCUUGUUUUGGUGAAAGAAAACAAGACCUGGGAGGAGGCGAUGGAGCACUGUCACCACCUGGACAAAGAACUGCUAAGCCUGCCCUCUGAAACUGCUCUGGUUCAAGCCCUGCAGACUAGCAGGAUAGCGCAGACAGACCGUGUGUGGAUCGGCCUGCGCUACCUGGCUCACACUUGGCUGUGGAUGGACGGCUCCACUGUGGAGGACAUGGCCUGGAGCCAAGGGGCAACACCACAGUGCCCCGCCUGGAGUCACCACUGUGGGGCACUCUCACCCGGGGCAGGACAGUUGGACAGCUGGGACUGUGCAGACAAGUUUAACUUUCUCUGCUAUUCAAAUGUAAAUUUCCUGUAAAAUACUGUGCAAUGAGGGGUGACUUCUAUUUGCCACAAAGUGAUGGUGUCGUUUGCUAAGUUAUAUACUGUGUGUAUGUUUAUAUGUAGCACCACAUAUGGAAUAGUAUGAUGUGGUAUAAAAUCCACAUCUGUGCUGCAUUAUUUAUCCAUGUCUUUACAAUCACAUAAAGUACUGAAACUAGUGCGAAGGGAUUUUAAUAGAAGUGUUACCCAUAUCACAGAUGAAUUAAAUAAUAGAAAUAAUCA